ACUGGUUAAGAUAUAUGGGAUUUAUUAACCACCUUGGUCAUAGUAGUCAUAGAUAUGUACAAUAUGUUCAUUUAUUUUACAUAAUAUUAUAUUAUUAUGUCUGAUCGACAUAAUUAUUGUGAUAACCUGUCAUAUCACAUUUACUAUUUAGUUAAUUCAGUUUUAGCAAUUUAGUAUAUUUUCUUGAGUUCAGUCUUCAGUGGUUCUGUUAAGACUAUACAUUUGUAUUUUGUACUUUGUCUGUUCUAGUUUUUCAGUGUUAUAACUAGUUAAAAUAGUAAAAAUAGUAAAUUAACUAUUACGCACUAGUUUAUUUAUCUUAAAAUGAUGUCAAUUAAAAAAGGCAAUUUUCGCAUUGGUGAAGCUGAAUUAAAAUGUAAAAGAGCAAACGGAUGUGAUUAUUACGGUAACCCACAGUGGGAUGGAUUUUGUUCAAAAUGUUAUAAAGACAUACAAAAACAUAGACGAAUGAAUGCUUCUCCUAAAAAAAUACCAAUUAACAAGACUACUACAAAACAAGAUUUAAAAAAAGUUGGUUUAACUGAAAAAAAAUCUAAAUUGUCAUACCUGAAAAUGUUUAAUACUAUUAAAUCCAAAGAUGAAAUAUCUGAAAAAUCUAAAAAAGAUUAUGAUCCACUUAUUGCUAAAAAAUUGGACCAAGUAGAUGCAGAAUAUUUAUCUAUUUUAUCUGAAACAAAAUCCUUGCGCACAGAAUUGAAAAAACAAAUUCGCAAUUUUUGUCAAAUGAUGAUGAUGUCACAUUUACAAAGCCCUGUUGAUAUUCAGUCUGAACUCACUCAACAUUUCUAUCAAAAUAUUCUGGAUAUGCUGAAUAAUAAUUAUUCUUAUGAUGAAAUGAGUCAUGAAAAGAAAGAAAAAAUUUUGGAUUAUACAGAAAAAUACUCUAUGAUAAAAUUAUAUAAGUUUUUGUUCUGUAUGACUUUGGCUGAUGAAGAGGAAGAUUUGGCUAUACAGAAACGGAUUCGUCAGUUAAAUUGGGUUAAUGCUAAACAUCUAGACUGUGAUAUUGAUAAGACUAAUGCUCAGAUUAUUGAAUUAGUAUAUAAAGCAAUACUAGAAUUAUUAGAUAUGGAUUCAGCUACAGCACCACAAGACAAACUGGCAUGUGUUGUUAGAUGCUGUCGACAUAUAUUUGGAGUUUUGCAAGGUGGAAACAAUGGAAUGAAAGGACCUGCAUCUGCUGAUGAUUUCUUGCCUGUCCUCAUAUUUGUUGUUCUCAAAGCAAAUCCUGUUAGACUUAAAUCGAAUUUGCAUUAUGUAACUAGAUUUUGUAAUGCUACAAGGCUGAUGUCUGGAGAAGCUGGAUAUUAUUUUACCAACCUGUGUUGUGCUGUAUCAUUUAUUGAAAAUAUUAAUGCAGAACUUCUUAGUAUGAAUACUGAAGAAUUCGAGCAGUAUAUGAAUGGAACAUUAGUUUCUGAUACCUGGGAUUCUGCGUUAAUUAUAUGUGAAGGGAUGCAUCAAAUGUUUGAACAAUUGGCAUUAUUAGCAGAUUUAAAAAGGAGAAAUAUAAUGAUUGUUGAUGAUGCAUUAAAGCUUAAGAACGAAAUGUCUAAUUUUAAGGAUAAUUUCAUGGACCAAUUUGCAGUAUUAAAAGAAGUUUAUACUGUUAUUGAUGACUGUGAUGAAACAAAUAAAAACACGUCUGUUAGUAUUGAUGAUUAUGACCCUAUAUGUUCCAGUUUAUCCCCGUGGACUAUGACACCACAGGUUAUUCAACCUGCAGAAAGAACUCGUACAAGUUCUUCUUGUACAGAUGUCGAUUCUUGGGACAUCCAUUCUGCCGAAACAGUGUCAUUGCAUUCAUUAGAUGCUUGUUUUAAUAUGCCACAAGAAAAUAAUGAAAUUGCUGGAAGCAGUUCAGAACCUACAAUAAACGUACAACCUCAGUUAGAUGAAAUUCAGGAAAUAUCUAUACAAGGAUGGCAAAUACCUAGUAUACCAUGUGAAACUGGAGGAAAAGAAAUUACCAACUCAAAAAUGAAUACACAAUAAUAAUUGUAUUAUUUAGUUUUUAAUAUAACAUUUUGUUAAUUAUGUAUAUAUGUAUAUCAUAUUGUGUUAAUUAUCUUAGUUUAUUACACGUUAAAAAAAUGUUUAAUUUAUGAAUUAUAUAUAAAUAGUUGUACUAGUAUGUUAAUUAAUUUAUUAUUGAUAAUUUUACACUUAAUAUGCAAUUAAGCUAAAUAGUAGUAUCUAAUGGAAGUAUGUACUCUGAUUGGAUUUUUGUCUCGAUUGAUGUUUUGAAACGUUUUGUAGUCCCAAUUUGCUGAAUAUAUGGACAAGGAACUAAUUUCAUCUAAAAUAAAGAUUGGAUGUAUUUUGUAUUUUUAAAAGUAUACAAAUUUAUUUAAAUUUUAAAUAGUGUCAAUAGACACCCAUUAACUUGCACUAAGCCAUCAUGUCCAUGUAUCUUGUUUAUAUACAUAUUACCUAUUGUAUUUAGUAUAAUAGUGCUUUUGUGAUUUGUAAAUAUUUUUUUUAAAUAAGAAAAAAAUAAAAAUAUGAUCUUGCACAAUA